AAUAAACAACAGAAACCCGUAAACACCUCGGCGGAGGCACAGGCAGAGCCUGCUUGGCGCUGCAGUCCGCGACAACUGCCUUAGACAAGCGGCGUCCACCGCCCGUUCCUCGCUCCUGGCAGCCUCCGGGGCCUUCCAGAGCGGAGGAGGAAGAGCAGCGGCAGCUGCUGCCCCGGGGCAGAACCGGCGAGGCGGCCGCUGGCCAAGGAUAUGAUGGAGCUCCUAGAAGAAGAUCUCACCUGUCCCAUUUGCUGUAGCCUUUUUGAUGAUCCUCGUGUCCUGCCUUGUUCUCACAACUUCUGCAGAAAGUGUCUGGAAGGAAUUCUUGAGGGAAACGUGCGGAAUGUGCUUUGGAGGCCAUCUCCUUUCAAGUGCCCCACGUGCAGGAAGGAAACUCCCGUUACUGGAGUCAACAGCUUGCAGGUCAACUAUUCCCUGAAAGGUAUCGUGGAGAAAUAUAAUAAAAUCAAAGUAACUCCAAAAAUGCCUGUGUGCAAAGUGCACAGUGGGCAACCCCUUAACAUUUUUUGUGUGACAGACAUGCAGCUGAUCUGUGGGGUUUGUGCCACCCGUGGUGACCACACAAAGCACAUUUUCUGUUCUAUUGAAGAAGCUUAUUCCCAGGAGAAGAGGGCUUUUGAAACCCUGUUUCAAGGCUUUGAAACUUGGCGUUGUGGAGAUGCCCUCUCGCGGCUGGAUACCUUAGAAACCAGUAAGAGGAAAGCUCUGCAGAUGCUGACCAAAGAUUCUGACAAGGUGAAAGAGUUCUUUGAGAAACUGCAGCACACACUGGAACAGAAACGAAAUGAGAUUCUCUCUGACUUUGAGACCAUGAAGCUUGCAGUGAUGCAGGCCUACGAUCCAGAAAUCAAUAAACUGAACACAAUUCUGCAAGAGCAACGGAUGGCUUUUAACAUUGCAGAGGCCUUCAAAGAUGUGUCUGAACCCAUUAUAUUCCUGCAGCAGAUGCAGGAGUUCAGAGAAAAGAUCAAGGUGCUCAAAGAAACCCCUUUACCUUGCUCCAGUGUGGACAUCAGCACUACAAUGAAGAGCUUCGAUACCAGCCAGUGGAAUGGAAUAAAACUUGUUGAUGUGGACAAACUGUCCUUGCCUCAGGAAAACAACACUCUUAAAUUCAAGAUUCCCUCAGUCUUCUCACGCAGAUUUAUAGUGACCUCUUUAAUUUUCUUGCUGAUUCUUGCUGUCACCAGAAUGCCCAUUGUGGAGUCAGUUGUUGACAAUCUCCAGUGCUGGAAAUCUCAGUUCUUUACAAUGAGCUUGUCCUAUCUGGCAGAUACAGUGGAGAUAGCAGAUCAUGCUGUCUUUUACUGGGAACAGAUGACAGAUGGAGCUUCACUUCUAAGAGAAAAGUGUAAAAACUAUACAUUGGUUGUACUGGAUAAUGUUGCACAGUUUGUGUGCAAAUAUAAACUGUUGUGAAGUCCCUGGCGAAAUGCAAGAACUAAGAGAGAUCUGAGGAAGAAAACAUAGAAAGUCUUAAAAUUCAUUAAUUUUUGUAAGACUUCCAGUGAAAACAUUCAAAGAUUCAAGUAUUUCCAAGACAUUCAUGCUACUCAUGUAGUUUGAGCGCUGAUAAAGUAGAUGAGAGAAACCUCUGAAAAACACAUUGUUUCUGGAUUCUUCUCUCAGUGAUGAUUAUGAGAAUAUUAUUCACUGUAAAUCAUUUUUCUUACCAAAAUGAGGGCCAAACUGUCUACCUUAGUUUAAUGUUAGCGUAACUGUAGAAUAAGCUAAAAUCACUUCCUAAAGGGUCAUAGUUAAAAAAAUUUUAACUGGGAGGUGGUUUGGAAAGAGGAAGUGCAGUUGUGAUAGACAAGAGCACUGGAUUGAGAGGCUUGUUGAGGACUGCCCUUCCACUGUGAAAUACAGAGUGUGGCGUGCACAUUCUGGAACCACCUUCUGUGUGAGGAUGUUACUUCUCACUUCAGAAAGAUACGUGUAUAUUUUUGUAUAAUCACAUGGUGUAAUUAUCCUGUGCAUUCAGAUUACUGGUUAUUGUUUACAUGUUCUAUACAAAAUGUAUCUUCAGGGCAAGCGUGAAUUCUAGGGAUAGAGGAAAAUCAGCUGAGGUUGGUAAGAGAACAAGCUGCAAGGUAAUAUGUACUUUGUAGGCAGUACAUAUGUGGCAGUUUACUUUUCCAGCAUGAAAUUGUUGGGGUACCUGAGCUGUUUUGUUAGAUCCAUGAUUUUCUAAAGCCUUAAUGUAAACAGUUCAGUCAGUAAAAGGCAUGGAUGGGUCAGCCAUGGGAUGGCAGCUCAUGCUCCAGCCCUGCAAAGGUGGCAGGUAGAGCAAUUUCUCUUCAGUCUCUUGUCUCUAGGUCAUAAUUCCAAAAACUGUAAAGAAUGAUGGGGUGAUUCCUUGGAACAGAGUGCCUAACAUGACAGGAGUAUGGAAGUUAUUAGUGUUCAGAAGUGCUUUACCACCGGAAUAUAUAUAUAUAUAUAUGUAUAUAUAUAGGCUCUUCUGCUGAUACCAUAUUUUCACGUACCUUGUUUCAGGAGUGAACUAGAUUUUCUGAGUGUAUUGACUUGGCCAUAAGGUGGCCAAGUGAUUUAAAGUGAAUUGUAAGCUCAAGUUUUCUGAAGUGCCCUUCUUUAAGAGCAUACAAUACUGAAAUGUAUUGCUGGAAGCACAUCUAACCUCUUUUUUGCAGUGGUCCUAUGAGUGGCAACGUAGAGAAAGAAAGCAUUUAGUUGGUUCCAAGAAACAAAGGUAAUGCUUGCCAUGCUUUGAGGAUGUUCCUUGGCUUAUCUCAAGGUUUAAUAGGUUGUGAUGGUCAAUUAACUCUCUUCUAGUAGUCCUUGCAAGCUGUUCAUUUAAAAAAUAAAAUAUUAAAUUCCAAGAAUCAAAGUUUCCAAGCAACCAAACCCUGCAAACAAAACUAUUGUACAUGAUAUUUACAUCUUUGUUGCCUGGGAAUCCUGUUACUGCUCUACACCUCACUCCAAACACUUGCUAAAAGCACUGAAUGAUUCUUGAAGUUCAGGAAGGAUCAAGUCACAAACACAUAGAUCAGAGAGUUACAGGUUUUGAGUGGCUGAGCUAAGGAUGAGCAAUCGAGAGGUGGUCGCUCUGAGCGUGGGAGGGGUGAGAUUUGUGACCCGGGCUUCUACUUUGCAGCAGUUCCCUGAGUCCAGGCUGGCACGGAUGUUGAGUGAUGGUGACCAGGAAUUCAAGCUGUUAAAUGGAGAGUUCUUUGUGGACAGAGAUGGAACUUUGUUUAGCUACAUCAUGGACUUCUUGAGAACUCUCCAGGUCUCCUUACCUACUGAUUUCUCAGAUUAUCAGAAGCUGCAGAGAGAAGCAGAAUUCUAUGAGCUGUACCCUCUGGCUGACCUCCUGAGCCAGGAACACUUGCUGAAGCCAAGGCUGGAGAUCUUGGAAGUGCUUUUUUCUCUCCAAGAGACGCAAGCCUUUUUCCGGAUCUUUGGUUCCUGCAGUACCACUGUUGAGACACUUGCUGAGCAGGUCACUGUGUUUACAGGGCAGCAGUCAGGACAGAGGUGGAAGAGCCCUUUUACCUCUCAGAAACCACUCAUUCCACUUCCUUUGGAAAGACCUUCUCAUCACGACAUGGUGUUUCGGUGUGGUACCGAGUACUCUGCUGGUGACCACUUUGUGGCCAGGUACCCUCCCUCGUGUGUCUUCUCGUUGUGAAACUUCUUUGUGAUUUCUAGUUCAUGAAGUACAUGCUGUGUGCUGGCAAACUCAUUUUACAGAAACAAUCCGACUGCUGUCUAAAAGAAAUGAGAUAUGUUUUCUCCUUUCUGCUAAUUUCAUGUUAUCUUUUUAUAGUUCUGAAAUACCCACUUUGAUUUCUGUUGCAUUGAUUUGCCUGUUCUUCAGCUUUCUAAAAUACUGUUCUGGAUGCUCAUUUUUCAGUUCUCUUGGGUCUUUCUCUGUAUCUGCCUGUUCCCCCUUGCUCACUCUCUCAAGCUUUAGAAUUUCAUAGCAUCACCGACCUUCUAGAAGGUCUUGAAAAAGUUCUUGACCUUCUAGGUUCUUGAAAAACAGAGUAAAAUGAAGCAAAGGAAACAAACUCAAUAAAGAGUACACUACUGGAGAAACCUCAAAUCUCCACAUGCUCAAGGUUCAAAAGACUUUCAUAUAGAAAAG